GCACGGCCCCGGCGCGGCGCGGGGGACACGGGGCGGCCAUGGCGCGCUCGCUCAACUCCAUCGUGGCCGUCAGCCAGAACAUGGGCAUCGGCAAGGACGGGCGGCUGCCCUGGCCGCCGCUCAGGAAUGAGUACAAGUAUUUCCAGAGAAUGACGAGUACAUCCCGCGUGAAAGGUAAACAGAAUGCGCUGAUAAUGGGUAGAAAAACGUGGUUCUCCAUCCCUGAGAAGAACCGUCCUUUAAAAGACAGAAUUAAUAUUGUGCUCAGCAGGGAGCUCAAGGAAACCCCAAAAGGAGCACAUUAUCUUUCCAAAAGUCUGGAUGACGCUUUAGCUCUUUUGGAUUCACCAGAGUUAAAAAAUAAAGUAGAUAUGGUUUGGAUCGUUGGAGGCACUUCAGUGUACAAGGCAGCAAUGGAGAAGCCAAUUCAUCAUCUAUUGUUUGUUACAAGAAUCUUGAAAGAAUUUGAAAGUGAUACAUUUUUUCCAGAAAUUGACCGUAAGGACUACAAGCUUCUAACAGAAUACCCAGGUGUUCCUGCUGAUAUCCAAGAAGAGAAUGGGAUCCAGUACAAAUUUGAAGUAUAUGAAAAAGCUGUUGUGGCAGACUCCUCUCGCCCCAGCUGUUGUUCCCCACGGGUUUUUCCCCACCUUCUUAACUCCGUUACCCCAAAGGUGCCACUGCCACUGCUGGGCUCAGCCUUGGCCAGCAGUGGCUCUGUCCUGGAGCCAGUGGCUUUGGAGGAAACUUCCAGCACUUCUCAGAGAAGCCACCCCUGUAGCCCCUCUGCUCCCCAAACCUGGCCACGCCAACCCAGCAAAAUCCGGUAAAGAAGCUUUAAUAUUUCCCUAGGUUCACACCUGUCUGAAAGCUUGGCUGCUGUCAUAAAAAUUCACUGUGUCAGUUUGACCGCAGCCAGUUUGAAGUGGAAUAAAAUAUACGUUGAUUUCCUAAAAGUUUGUGUUCCUAUGUUUGUGCCAUGCGUUAUCAGUAAAAGAUGCAGUUUGUCAGUAUGAUUUUGAAUAAUCUAUGUGACAAAUAUGGAUUAUAAGCAAUAGCGGAGUAGUUCUGUUUCAUCUUUAUUAAAUAUAGUUAAAUACAAAAAUACUACAAAUAUUAAAUAAACCAGCAUAAUUUACACUGAUAUUCCCCUAGAAUAUGAGCUAUAAGCACCCCUUGAAUUUUCCAUGGCACUUUACUACAACA